AUGAGGGCCGCCUUGGUGGAUCCAAAUCAGAUGGGUGGCAUGUCCGGGCAGGCCCAGGACCCCAGCCAGGCCUUUCUCUUUCUCGCCGCAGGUUACAUCCAAGCCUGCAGAGGACUGAUGAUCUCCGCCGUCUGCCUGGGCUUCUUCGGUGCCGUUUUUGGACUGGUUGGGAUGAAGUGUACAAAAAUUGGAGGCUCUGAUCAGACUAAAGCAAAAAUAGCCUGUUUAGCUGGGCUGAUUUUCAUACUCUCUGGGUUGUGCUCUAUGACUAGUUGUUCCCUGUAUGCAAACAGGAUUACGUCUGAGUUCUUUGAUCCUUCUUUUGUUGCACAAAAGUACGAAUUGGGAGCAGCUUUGUUCAUUGGAUGGGCUGGAGCUUCACUCUGCAUCAUUGGGGGCAGUAUAUUCUGCUUCUCAAUAGCCGAGAACAGUCAUUCUCCGAGGAGGGGUUACGCCUAUAACGGGGCCACAUCCGUGAUGUCUUCGCGCACAAAGGUCCACAACAGCGUCCCGGACAAAAGCCCACCGAAGCACUUUGACAAGAACGCUUACGUUUAA